AUGUCUCCACUCUUACUCGUAUGCGCCACAGGCAAUAUACGUCGGGCUGUGUUGGAUGUGAUUGCUCAACCUCAGGCCACCGACGAGUUCUACUACAGCAAUGUGCUCGAUAGAAUGGCGGAUAAGACGGGCAUGCUGGGUGGGGGGUCUUGGCGGAUUGUCACGGUUUACAUUGAUGGGUUGUUUGCGGGUUGCUUCCCUGUGGCGCCUGUUGUGUUCAGCGGAGGCAUGAAUCCCUAUCUGUGGCGACCGCUCACCGGCAUACGCACCUUAGACCUGCCGUCUGUACGCCUAGACAUCACGCCCUUCGUAGGCAUGCUCAACCACCACAGCACCAACCACCACGCAGACACACACACACAAACACACACACACAUACACAACAUCACGCUCAGCGUCAACAUGAAUACGCACGAGAAGAACACUUUCUGGCUCAUGGAGGUGGCUGUGGUAAUGUAUCCGUGUGCGGACGACUGUGCGAGUGUGUCGGGGUCUCCGCCAAUCAUAUCGGCGCCUGUGCCCGUUGUUGUGGAGAGUGGUGCAGUGCAACCAAUGAAACCGCAGAGAACAGACGGCGACGACCAAUCAGAACGCGCCGAUAAUCCCGCGGGGGCGACCACGGGCACGGGAAUGGGCUCAGGAGAUGCGAGAUACAAUACAGACACGGGUUCUGAAAUUGACUUGUUGACAAACGAGGGCAGAUUUGGCCCAAAACUUGGACGAGGACAGGCACCAUCUCGUGUUGGGGCCCCGAACAGACCUGAGCGGUCCUUAAACAGAGACAGACCACUGGAGUACUACUACACCAAACUGGCUGCCGCAGCUACUGAGGGGAAUGGUGACAUGCUGAAAGACUACACAUACAGAUACGAUGCGUCUGUUGUGUACAAGUAUCGUAUAGAGGGACAUGCAUGGCUUGACGGCGUGCAUGAGGAGAUCGACCUCGCGUACAGUAACGCCUGGGUAGAUGUGCGUAACCAUGGCAACCAGGCUCGGAGUGAUACCGUAGGCCGUGUCAAGCACGCGACAACUAGUGCGUCGAUUGCGAUUAAUAUGAGCCAAUCGGAAGAGGCGGAUGAAACACUGCCGGCUGAGGAUAUGACUGUGGUCAUCAAGGCGCACGGGGCAGUCUGCGAAUAUCCCUUCGAGUUCAAUGUCACGACCAAAAUGAGCGAG